AUGAUGUCAACUAAUUUGAAAUUUAGGCUACCCACUGGUGAAAUCAUGCCUCUAAUUGGAUUUGGAACUUGGAUGUUGAGAGGAGACAAAGUUCUUACAAAAACCCUUGACUUAGCUUUGAAGGCAGGUUACAGACUCUUCGACACUGCAGACAUGUAUGGCAAUGAAGCAGAGAUUGGGAGGGCAUUGAAGGAACUGUUACCUAAACACAACUUAUCAAGGAAAGAUGUAUUCAUCCAAACAAAACUUGAUCCUGGAAAUCAAGGAGGUCGUUCAUAUAAAGCCCUGAGACAAUCUCUAUAUAAUCUGGAUUGUGAAUAUAUUGAUUUAUAUUUGAUUCACUGGCCAGGGAGUUAUGGAGUGGCUGAUAAAAGUCCAGAGAAUGCAGCUUUGAGAGAUGACAGUUGGCAAAAAAUGGUUAGGGCAGUAAAAGAAGGUUUGAUAAGGCAUAUUGGUGUAUCUAAUUACACCAUUAGACAUCUGAAACAACUCCUAUCUAAUAAUCAUGGGAUAAAGCCAGUUGUUAAUCAGGUGGAGUGGCAUCCAUUUUGGCAUCAAAAAGACUUGUAUGAGUUUUGCAAAGAACAAGGAAUAUUGCUACAAGCUUACCAACCUCUAGGUGGUCCUGGUAACAGAGACAUUAUGGAUGAUAGGGAAGUUAAAAAGAUUGCUAAAAAACUUGAUAAAACAACAGCACAGGUAAUAUUACGUUGGUCAGUUCAACAAAAUAUAGCAAUUAUUCCAAAAUCACAGACUGAGGAGCAUAUCUACAGUAACAUCCAGCUUGAUUUCACUAUUCCUGAAGAAGAUAUGAAAACAUUAUUUAGUUUAGAACAGCAAAAAUAUGACUGGGAUCCUGAAACUAUAGCUUAA